AUGUUAAAAGCGACGAACCAUUCCUUAGGCGCCAUCACCCUUUCCUCGGCGCGUAGACUGUUCAACCCCGGCUCCCUUCCACGCAAACGACCUUCAAACCAAGCCUCUCUCUCCUCCCCCAACCAUGCUCUUUUCCUCACUUCCCGCCGCUCUGGCCAUGUCCGUCUCUCUAUGCUGCGCUGCCUUUCGACCCUUCGACAGGCUCUCAAGCCUGUUCAAGAGUCCGUCCUAGCAACUAGUCAUACAUGGCCACCGAGGCGAAUCAAGCCUGUUUGUACCAGGAUUCACGACCGUGACCACCGCCGAGAAGAGGGGAGUCAUGCCACUGGUCCCCCGUCUUCAGAUUUGGAUACCUGCGCACUACAUCUCCUUCUGCGUACAUACCGCGCAUCUGCCAUUCCACAGCAGUCCUGUAAGGUACCUUUGGCGCCCCCAAAGAGACAUACGCUGUCUUCACUGCCUCACUGUCAACCAUUACUCGAUACAGCAAUGCAAAGUCAAAUCAUCAGGGGGAAAGCGGAGCUGGAUAUCCAAAGCGAGACACGCUUGUUGGAGAACAGCCGCCGAUGGGACGUCACUGCGAGUCAAAGACCAGACGAUUCGGUUGGAUUCUUCAUCUGCUCCUUCAUUGUUCUUUCUUUGUCUCGCUAUGCGUGGUGGGCUGGGCACGAUCUUGGAGACAAGAACCUAAUGAUGAGAUGGCCCGGCCGUCACAAUCACGAGACGGGGAAUUCAAGCUGGGCUGAGAGGGAGCCAGUGCCGCCUCAGCCCAACUUGAUAGACGCACUCUGCUUGCCUCGAUACUUCGUCAAGUCGCCCAACCACGCCGCUCAUGGCAUUCGACCAUCUCCACCAUGCCAUGACCCCCCCGUCGUCCUGCUGCAUAUUCCCCAAUUCUGUCCCCCUCGGCACGCGGUGGCUUGCACCUUGCACACCUUGACUGCGUCUUGGCUCGUCCAGAUGAGCCGGACCGUAUCCGCUCCCAGAUACCUCGACCGUUCACUGAACAGCUCUAAUUUUAUGGUCAAGAUUGAUCGUCCAGUGACAAGUCAGCUCCAAAACUUAGGCGCCAUGCUCCAUCAGCAGCCUCUCUUAUUUUCCAUCGUCUUUUCGAUUCCUUUUCUUUUCUUUUCCCUUUCCGUCGUCAGUCUAAUCUUCCUGCAAGACAAGCGCCGGCACACCCCCUCGACGAAGACUUAUCCAGUGAGCUUUCUCUCUACGUCCAACAACGUCAACUUCAACAGAGACAACCUCAUCGCUUCACACCCUUCCACCUGCGUCUAUAGCGUCUUUGCCCCCCCUCCUCAACACGUCCCGAUAGACUGUAACCGUCUUUAA